AAAAAUGGUGAAAAGAAUGAUGAAGUGGUGCAGGUCUCCACUGCACUGGGAUGAUCAUACUGAUGGAAAGUUUGAUCAACUUGAGGAUGAUAAUGUCUAAUAAUAACGGAUAUAAUUUCAGGAGGAUGCUAGUGACAACGUGAGUGAUGAGAAACGGGCUGCAGCGCUGCUGGUUUAAUCUCUUGAAGUUAGACUAUGAGCCGAGUUCAUUGUUUGCGAAAAUGGAGGCACGUAAGAAAAGAGGACGUGGACGACCUCGAAUUUCGGACGAAGAAAGAAAACUAUCCCAGGCCAGAGCACGGGCAAAGUAUAGAGAAAGGGUCGAUGUAGAUCAAGAUAGGAGAAGAAUCAGACUGCAUGUGAAAACUUUUCAACAAUGGAGGAAGCUGAGGGAAAAGUCGAGCGUAAACAGCGACGAUGGCUUCGCAAGGCUUCUGAUGAAAUGUUUCAGUGAACAUGCCGAGGAGUACAAAGGUGAGAGCAUCCUUGCACCUUUCCAAACAUCCUUACCCUUGGGAUCAGAUGGGGACAGAAGUGAACAUCAUCACAGGGACCAAGGUAAACCACAGGUACAUGUAAAAGAGGGGAAAACAAAGAGAAAGCGAGGUCGUCCAGCAGGCAGAACCAACGCCAUGAAGGUUCAGAGGUCAACGCCCACAGCACCUCCUACUAAGUACCCUCCCAGUAUUAAGAGCAAUGCCUCGUCACCUCAUAUACCUACAGCAACUCCUGCAAUACCUACAACACCUACAACAACUCCGGCUAGGAGGCUGAUGAAGAUCCCUGAUGAAGAUCUAUCACAUUUUUCACCGACUGUACGAUCAGCACGUUUAGCAUUUUCCAGAGCGCUUGCUCAGUCCUUCAACGCUAUGACUUCACCCGAUCGUACAGAGUCGGUCAAGAGAAACCUACAUUCGGCCUCGAGCUCUGAUGAUACGAUAGCAACUCCAGCUCAUGGUGUUUAUUUCCAGAAUUCCCUGCUAGAAAGCACAUGUGACCCGUCUCUUAGACUGUCGACCUUUCCACAAACAACGGUGAUCGGUGUUGCGCCGAUAGACGGUACGCAGCAUGGAAGCACAUUUGAAUCAUCGCAUAGACUUUUGGUUGGAGAAUGUGUCCUUGACACUGAAGCGUACCAGGACAGUGCUGGGGAGGAUUAUUAUUCUCAAUCGUCUGUACAGUAUGGUGAGGCAGUGUUUGGUGAUGAGAGGGUCCAGUCCAUACCGGGCCAACCAGAACCACAGCCUUCAGUGAAAACAGAGUUGGUUGUUGAAGCCAAUGGCAGUAGUCACCUAGCAUCGGAACCAGACCUGAGCCUCACAUUAAGUCCAGGAGCAGGAAUCAAGGAAGAGUCCAUCGAGCUGGCCCAACCUCUUGGAAAGCAUGAUUCCAAGGGGGUCAAGGUCCCGGAUCCAACGCGGCGGUCUAGACUCAAUCAGAUUACAGGAGGACUCUUAAACAGACUCAAAAUGAGGGCCAUGACUGCGGAACCAACGCAAGACUGAACAUGCAAUGUACCUUGAUUUCAAGGUGAUCAGGGUUCCGGAUCCAACGCGGCGGUCUAGACUCAAUCAGAUUACAGGGGGACUCUUAAACAGACUUAAAAUGAGGGCCAUGAAUGCGGAACCAACGCAAGACUGAACAUGCAAUGUACCUUGAUUUCAAGGUGAUCAAGGUUCAGGCUCUACUGUAGUAGUGUAGACUUCAUCGGAUAAUAGGAGGUCUUUUUAAACAGACUUAAAAUGAGGGCCAUGACUGCAGAACCAACGCAAGACUGAGGUGGUCAAAGUUCCAAAACAGAUCAAAUGGUCUAGAUUCAAACAAAUUACUGGUGGAUGCUUGUAUAGACUCAGUAUGAGAGCGAUGAAUGCGGGACCAACACAAGACUGAACUUGUAAACCAUCUUGAUUUGGAAGUGGUCACAGUCCAAUGCAGAUCCAAUGCAGCUGUCUAGACUCAAUCAGAUUACAGGAGGUCUUUGGAACAGACUUCAGAAGAGUGCCAUGAAUGCAGAACCAACACACAUGAUGUCAUGGUAUAUGAUAUACCGGUAUAUUAUUUAUGUAAGGUUAUGUUGAUUCUUUGUUUGUUUGUAAAAUGUGAGCAAAACAAAUUUCCAAUAUUUGACAGUAAAUUGAAAUUGAAAUUGAAAAAAAAAAUUGAAAAAAAUGGUGCCUGUUGACCACCAAACUUUUAGAGAAACUUUCUUUUAUAAGAAAAUAAAAAUUGAAAAAUGUGAAUUGAAAUUCAUUGAUACCCACAUGAAUUUUUAAAUAAAAUGUGUUGGGUUAUUUUAAUCAUUUUUAUUUUCAAUUCAAUUGAAUUCAACAUUUUAACAGUAAAAAUAUAGUGAUACAGUUUACAUCAUAAAUGAAAAUAAUGUGAGAUUGUCCUCAAGAUAUGACAAUCAUACAAAGAAACCAUGGAAAGCAUAAUAAUAAUAAUAAUAAUACAGCAUUUAUUAUGCGCCAUCGAUCUAGUAAACAAUUCUGAGACGCAGAGGGAUAGAAUUAGAAUGAGAUACAUAGAGAAUUGAGAAGGGGGG